GUGCAUCAGAGUGCGAAUCCAUCCACUGCCCGCUGCUCGCCUCCUCGUCGCGAAAUUUCACAUGGCCUCUGAGGUUGACCUUUUGCGAAGCACGGCUGAUGCUUGUGAGGCGGAAGCCGAUGCACGGCAUGAGAUAAAGUGGAGCCAGUCGGAAGAAGACAUCACACUGAGAGUUCUGGUGGACACAGAAACCAAGAAAGAAGAUGUGAAGUUCAAAGUACUGCGAGACACGCUUUCUGUCAGCAUCCGAGGUGAAGAAAUCUGCGACGCACAGCUGGUGCGGGAGGUCGAUCCUGAAGAGUCCAGCUGGGUGCUAGACAAUGAGGGUGGUCAGCGGCUGAUGAUCAUCACUUUGCAGAAGGUGAGACCGAAGAGCGCCUUGAAAUCCGCCAGGCAAUGGCCCUGCUUGUGGAAAGCCGACGCCUGACCAGCAGGGUUUGUUUUCAGCAGAGCUCCUGGUGACGUGUCGUUACCUUUGGUUUUCUUAUAUGAAUCUG